AUGGUAGUCACCAGGAGCCAGGGUGACGCUGCAGACCAGGAUAAGAUCACUGAAGAAAUUCGAGUGGAGCACGAACGUUUGCGGAGAAUGGCAUUGGAUCCGCCGGCGUCGCCCACCGUGGCGCCAACCGAACGUGGAGGCCCAUCCCUACGGGGGGAGGCCUGCGAUCGUCAGACAAGGGAGCUCUACGAACCCACCGCUGGACCGUCAACUGCUAUGAACCCCGCAGCCCAGUCAUCACGACCGAGGUCCCCUGCAUACUCGCAUCGAUCGACAGCGAGUGUGGCGGCGCGACUACAACUGGCAGAACUUGAAGCGGAGGAGAGGCUAGCGGAAAUUCGACGAACCGAGCUACGCCUGGAAGCCGAACUAAUUAAGAAAAGGUUAGCCGUGCAAGUGGCAUCUAUCCAAGACGAGGCAGAGAGCUUACGCGACGAGCCGCUCGCCGCCGCUGAACGAAGAGUGGACAACUGGUUCCGCAACAACCCGGCGCACGUACGGGGGGAGCGCGGCGAAACGCUUACCACCACGGAGCCCAACGAACGGACGAGACGAACUCGUUUCCACGGCUCACCUUCGCCUGUGAGAAGCCCUUCGCCUGUGAGAAGACCAUCUCCCUUAAGAAGAGAACGAACAAGAUCGCCUACGCCGGCCCGUACGCGUAGAGGAAUAGAACAGCUGGCCGAAGCGAUAGAGAAGAUGGCAAGGCCGCGGCCCCGGCACGCAGGCGAGCUACCUGUCUUCUCCGGUGCACCGAGCGAGUGGCUGCCAUUUAAAGCCGCUGUACGAGACGCAACGGAACUGUACGGAUUGUCGGCCGCGGAGAACCUGCAACGACUGAGAGCCUGCCUGAAGGGUGAGGCCCGCGACGCUGUGGCUGCUUUACUACACGCGGCUACGGACCCGGCGAUUAUUAUGAGGACGCUGGAGCAGUGUUUCGGGAAGCCCGAGGUGAUCAUCGACCGGGCACUCGAUGAACUACGGAGAAUGCAGAAACCGGGUGCGUCAGCCACGGAACUGAACACGUUCGCCGUGAAGCUUCAGAACGUUGUCUACGUGCUGAAAACCAUAGACAAGCGUGGAUUUCUUCCCGCUGGUGCGACUACGCCGCAGACCACGAAGGAACAGCAGACCCAGAGAUCGUCGUGUUAUCACAGACCGCGCGUGAGUGCUGCGGACCAACGAGCAAUCGAAAUGGUGAGAAGAACUAUGAAGAAAGUCGAUGGCGGCUACGAGGUUGGUUUGCCGUGGAAAACCGACGGAACUACGAUGCCUCCGAGCUACGAGGCAGCGCUACGACGACUACGCGCCAUAGAACGUAAAAUGGACGCCGAUCCCGCCUUCGCCGAACAGUACACCGCCCAAGUGGAGAACCUAUUCAACAAAGGCUACGCGGUGCCAUGCGACGGCACUGAACAAAACAGCGCUGUUAGUUGGUAUCUACCACACUUUGCCGUACAGAACCCGAACAAGCCCGGUAAGCAGCGACUUGUGUUCGACGCGGCGCACAAGAACCGAGGCGUGAGCCUGAACGACCAGCUGCUGGAAGGCCCGGACCUACUGCUAUCACUGCAGGGCAUCCUCUUCCGAUUCCGUGAAAAGCCGAUCGCCGUCACCGCCGAUAUCCAAGAGAUGUUUCUGCAGGUGAAGAUCCGACCGGACGAUCAACCGGCACAGCAGUUCCUGUGGAGAGGGGAGAACAGAACUGACCCACCACGAUGCUUCAAAAUGAGGAGCAUGAUAUUCGGCGCAGCCAGCUCCCCAUUCAUGGCUCACACAGUCCGCAACCACAAUGCGAUCAUGCACGCAGAGACCCAUCCGCGAGCAUUAGUGGCAAUUACUCAAAGCCACUACAUGGACGACCUGGUGGACAGCUACGACAGUGAACACGAAGCUCGCGCCACCAUACAAGAGCUACGUGAAGUACACGCAGCGGCCAGUUUCACGCUAAGGCGCUGGAGCUCAAGCCAUCCGAACGUGCUGCGCGACGUCCCGACAGAACUCAGAGCAACUACGCCCACCGCGCUCGGGACGAUCGAGAGUAUGGAAAACAAGAUCCUGGGACUCUACUGGAACCCGCAAACAGAUGAACUCGGUUUCGACACAGCCAUGAACCGGGUCCCAGCCGAGGUGCGCAACCAGAGCCGCGCACCCACCAAGAGAGAAACACUCAGUGCGGUCAUGUCGAUCUAUGACCCGCUGGGACUGCUAAGCCAUUACACGAUCAGAGCAAAGAUCGUGCUUCAAAACCUAUGGCGACUAGAAAUACCAUGGGACGAGCCGAUCCCUGCGGAAGAAGCCGAACUCUUCGCAUCCUGGCUGCGACAACUGAACGAAAUCGCACGCCUGCACCUGCACCGGAACUACGCCCUGGAGAACCAUGAGCACACUGAACUACAUGUGUUCUGCGACGCGAGCGAACAAGCGUACGCUGCUGUGGCCUACUGGAGGGUUGUACACCAAGACGGUAGCGCGAAAGUGACCCUAGUUGGAGCAAAGGCUAAGGUGGCACCACGGCGUACACAAAGCAUCCCGCGCCUUGAACUACAGGCUGCACUCAUCGGAGCAAGACUCGCCGACACUAUCAGGCGCGAGCACCGCAUCGAGAUAAAGAAGACCAUCUAUUGGACGGACUCAUCAACCGUAGUCCACUGGGUGCGUAACGACGCGCGACGAUACACUCCAUUCGUUGCACAUCGGCUAGGGGAGAUCGCCGAACUCACGCACAAAGACGAGUGGCGUUGGCUGCCGACCGCUGACAACCCAGCCGACGAUGCCACAAGACAAAGCCAGACUCCAGUACGCAUGGAAGACCGAUGGUUCCAAGGACCCGGAUUCCUACACGAACCAGAGGACCGGUGGCCCACAGAACAGGAACCUCAUGAAGAUGGAGAGGAAGUCCUGCACCUGAGCCAGCAGGACGAGAGCCACUUCGACUGGAUGCCUGACCCGACCCGCUUCUCGAGAUUCGAGACGCUAGUAAGAGCAACCGCGAACAUACUGGCUUUCACAGACAUCUGCCGGAAGCGAGCGACCCGCAUGGAGCUACAGCACAUAGAACGCGCCGAACGAGCUCUCAUGCAACGAGCACAGGAGGACGACUUUGGAGACGAGCUGAAGAGGAUCAAAGCAGUUCGCCCAAUCCCUAGAACGAGUCGUCUGUACAAGCUGGACCCCGUAAUCGACGACGGCCUCCUGCGAGUACGAGGACGCAUUGGAGCCUCAAGUGCGCCCUCCGACGCAAAACGACCUAUCAUCCUAGACGGUCGUCACCCCAUCACGCGACUCAUCGUAUUGCGAGAACACGCCGCAGCAGGACACGCUAACAGAGAGCGAGUAACGAACGAUCUACGACAGCGAUACUGGAUCAUACGGCUACGACCCACCGUACGCGCCGUCGAGUAUAGCUGCGCCCUCUGCCGGGUCACAAGGUCUAGGCCCAGAGCACCAGCCACAGGAGACCUGCCACGCGCCCGCCUCGAUCCAUUCCACCGCCCCUUCACGAACUGCGGGGUAGACUACUUCGGGCCCAUUACUGUAAAAGUGGGACGCCGCCGAGAGAAAAGGUGGGGCGCACUAUUUACCUGCCUCACCACACGAGCCGUUCACCUCGAGCUUGUCGCUUCUCUCUCUACGGAUUCGGCACUAAUGGCGUUGAGACGAAUGGCAGCACGCCGCGGAUGGCCGCGACUGAUGUACUCAGACAACGCAACCAACUUCCGCGGCGCCGAUCAAGAACUGAAAGCCGCAUACGCCGAAUGGGCACCCGCCCUAAGAGACGAAGGACUGACCCGGCGUAUGGAAUGGCGCUACAUAGCACCUGGCGCCCCGAACCAAGGAGGCGCAUGGGAACGCAUGGUGCGCUCUGUCAAGACAGCGCUACAAGCAACGCUUCGAGAAAAGGCACCAUCAGACGAAGUGCUAAGAACCCUCCUGACCGAAGCCGAGUAUUCGAUCAAUGCUCGGCCCCUAACGCACGUGAGUGUGGACCCUCGCGACCCCGAGGCCCUCACGCCGAACCAUUUUUUGCUGGGAUCUUCAACGGGUCUACCGAGAACAGGACCCUGUGACGAAGCCGACAGACGAACCUGGCGUACUAGCCAAGCACUCGCAGACCAAUUCUGGAGACGCUGGGUACGGGAGUACUUGCCGACCCUAGUACCGCGAGGAGAACCAGCUAGAAAGAAUGACACGUCAAAACUACAAGCCGGCGACAUAGUGGUUGUCGUCGACAGCACGCUACCGAGGAACGUAUGGCCAAUGGGAAGGGUAGAACGUACGUACCCUGGGCCUGACGGCAGCGUACGAGUCGCCGAUGUCAGAACGAAGACCGGCGUCUUCAAAAGGCCAACAUCGAAGCUCGUCGUCCUACUAAAGGAAGAGGAGGCUACGCAAAGCUGCGCCGGGGGGAGAGAUGUUGCGGACACCGAGCUACAUAAUCCGCGCCGACCGCCUACUCGCCAACCACUGUACUAG